AUGGUGAAGGCAACUUCCAUCGAUAUGGCACUUUCCGACAUCAUCUCGUCGAAGAAAAAAAGCACGAAGAAAGGCGUCAAACGACCAAUCAAGAAAGCAGCAGCCGGUGGUGUCAAAAAACGCGGACCAUCCGCCGCUUCCACGCCAAGACGUCAAAGCGGAGGGGCUGGUCGUGGAGGCAUUCGCAAGUCUGUUGGUGGACGUGGCGAUUCGAAUGACAAGAGAUCAGUCCGAAUCAACAUUUCGAAUCUCGCCGAUACCGUACUCUCGAGUGACUUGCAGGAGCUGUUUAACGAGUUCAAUUUGCGCAAAGUGUCGGUGAAUUUCAAUGAGGAUGGUACGCCAGCCGGCACCGGAGAUCUCACUCUGUCCAAGUUCAAUUCUGAUCGCCUCAUUAAAAAGUUCGCUGGUGUUGCGCUCGAUGGAAAGAUCAUGAACUUCGCCGUGAUCGAAACCACCAACUUUGUCCCUCAGCAGAAGCCAAAAGUCGUCAGAGAUAAACGAACUGCCGCUAUGAGCACUGGCGGACCAGUUCGCAGAACUCCUCGUAGCUCUACCGGCGGACUGGGAUCCCAAACUGCCCGUAUGUCCACUGGUGGCAAACCGCCAGCCAAGAAGGCCACCAAGAAGCCGAAGCGUGAGCCGAAGCCACAGAAGACAGCCGCCGAGCUGGACGCCGAACUUGACGCCUACAUGUCUCAUAACCGCGAAGUCCGUGUCAACUUGUCCAAUCUCGCCCCAUCGGUUCUCUCCGGUGACCUUCGUCAACUCUUUGCUGAAUUCAAAAUCAAGAACUGCUCCGUGAACUUCAAUGAGAAGGGAGCUGCAGCUGGAACCGGAGACAUCACUCUCUCGAAACGUCAAGCCGAUCGUCUCAUUCAAAAGUUUGCUGGAGUGGCUCUCGAUGGAAAGGAAAUGAAAUUCGCUAUUAUCGACACCACCAACAUCGCCAAUCGUGUCAAGUUCCCAUCCAAACCACAAAGAGUUCCACAAUCUGCCGGAAGACCAAGAACUGCUCAACGGACUCCAAAGAAACAAGGAAAACCAGCUGCUGGAGCUCAAAAGACUGGAGCCAAGAAGACAAAAAAACCAAAGAGAGAGGAGAAACCAAAGAAGACUGUCGAGGAAAUGGACGCGGAGAUCGACGCCUACAUGGCCCGUGCCAACUGA